AGGUAUUGGUUUGUGUAUGUGUGUAUAUGUAAUACCAACUUACGGCGCGGAUGGCACAUAAUGACACCACUCUCGCAGGGCUCAUCAUAAGCACUAACCGACCUAUUCCGAAUAUUCCAGGUCCGUUUUAGCAGAGAGAGUACCGAAACCGUCCUGUUGUGUAAGCUCAUACUUUGGAAUCCGCUAACUCCCACCUACAUGGUGUUCCCAAGUGCCGUCAUCUUAUUUAUUACGCUAAUCUACAUAUGCAAUGUCUCUCCCACUCCUUCUCCGCCAACCGAAAAUUCUCUUCUGCAGAGAAACCUUCUCUGGUGGCAAGACUCGUGCACCAUCCGCAGCAUGCCCCCCAUCUGCAUGUCUACGAAUCUCUUAGAAGCAGGGGGUGGAGAUACUACGUUUAAAGACUCGAAUAUUGUUGGUCGAAGGCCGUAUGUACGUAUUUUAUAUACAUAUGUAUUACAUACCUACGUACAUUAGCUAUGUACGCACAUACACACCUACAUAAGUGCUUAC